UACCGAAACCGUCUAUGUCGGGCGAACUUUGUGUAUUUCUGCUUUUUCGCUGUUGAAAGCCUUCUUGGCUUCAAAGCGCGGUAAAGAUGAUGGAAAAUGGCUUUGAAAACACUCAAUUGAUUCACCACGAGCUGAAAAACGCUAAUUUGACAGCUCACGAGGACGAAAAAGUUGGAUUGGAGAAUUUUGAGCUUCUUAAAGUGCUCGGAACGGGAGCGUAUGGAAAAGUUUUUCUCGUUCGUAAAAGAGGUGGCUACUUCACUGGGAACCUGUACGCCAUGAAAGUACUUAAAAAGGCUACGAUCGUUCAGAAAGCGAAGACAGCUGAACAUACUCGCACAGAGAGACAGGUCCUAGAAGCCGUUCGUCGGUGUCCAUUUCUUGUCACAUUACAUUGGGCUUUUCAAACAGAAUCAAAGCUACAUUUGAUAAUGGAUUAUGUAAACGGAGGCGAACUUUUCACCCACUUGUAUCAACGCGAAAAGUUCACUGAGGACGAAGUCAGAAUAUACAUCGGAGAAAUUAUCAUCGCUAUCGAACAUCUUCACAGGCUCGGUAUAAUUUACCGUGACAUCAAAUUAGAGAACAUUUUAUUGGAUUCUGAUGGGCAUGUGGUGAUAACUGACUUUGGGCUGAGCAAGGAGUUUUCAGCGCCCAACUCGGGGGAGAGAGCUUAUUCAUUUUGUGGAACAAUUGAGUACAUGGCCCCUGAAGUUGUCAAAGGGGGCAGUAGAGGACAUGAUAAGGCAGUAGACUGGUGGAGUUUGGGUGUUCUCAUGUAUGAAUUACUCACGGGAGCCUCACCUUUUACUGUUGACGGCGAGAAAAACAGUCAAUCUGAGAUUUCUAAACGAAUUCUGUAUAACAACCCUCCUAUGCCACCAGACAUUUCAAGAGAAGUUGUGGAUUUGCUCCUGAAGCUCUUGCAGAAAGAUCCAAAAGUGCGACUCGGGGCAAAGGGAGCCCAGGAUAUAAAGGAUCAUCCUUUCUUCAAGUCAAUUGAUUGGAAGCUGUUGGCUGAGAGGAAGGUCGCUGCUCCCUUUAAACCUCGCAUUGGAUUUGAAACUGAUGUGAGUAACUUCGCAGAGGAAUUCACAGACAUGGUUCCCACAUAUUCACCAGCAGCUAUUCCUAAGACUGCAGAUAGAAUUUUCAAGGGUUAUUCAUUUGUAGCUCCUUCAAUAAUAUUUGGAGAAAAUGAAUUUACAAAGCAUCUGGUGGCAAACAAACCCUCAGAGCACAGACCAGCUCCAGGUGCUGUAGAUUAUGCAGCUUUAUUUGAGGAUUCUCCUUUUUUUCGAAACUAUGCUAUCAGUGAUGAAGUUCUUGGUGAUGGAAGUUUUUCAACCUGUAGAAAAUGUGUCCACAUUCGAACCGGGGUUGCAUAUGCAGUGAAGGUUGUCAGUAGAAGGCGCGACCAUAUCCGGGAAGAACAAUCUCUAAGAAUCUGUCAAGGUCAUCCUAAUAUUGUCAGGCUACAAGAAGUGUUUCAGGAUGAUUUCCAUACCUAUUUAGUUUUGGAAUUACUGGGAGGUGGAGAGCUGUUGGAAAGAAUACGGAAAAAGAAAAAUUUUAGUGAAGUGGAAGCAAGCAACAUAAUUAGGAAAUUAGCCUCUGCUGUGGAAUUCAUGCAUGGCCGAGGAGUUGUACAUAGAGAUUUAAAACCUGAGAACUUACUGUUUGUAGAUAAUUCAGAGAAUGCAGAAUUGAAAAUUGUUGACUUUGGAUUUGCAAGACUUAAGCCUGAAAAUCAACCCCUAAGGACGCCUUGCUUCACUGCAGCUUAUGCUGCACCUGAAGUCAUCAGUCAAACUGUGAAUAGGAGUGGGUAUGAUGAAUCAUGUGACCUAUGGAGUCUUGGAGUCAUAAUGUACACCAUGUUGUCUGGUCAGGUGCCAUUCCAGAGUAGUCGUAGUUUUAGGUCCUCGGAUUUUAUCAUGCAGAGAAUAACACAUGGUGACAUCAGAUUUGAAGGACAACAAUGGGAGUCAAUAUCACCAGCUGCGAAAGACCUCAUCAAAGGGCUUUUAACAGUGGAUCCCAGCAAGAGAUUAAAAAUCAGAGAAGUUGUAAACCAUGAGUGGCUAAGAGGUGGUACUUGUCUGCCCCACACCCCUCUAAUGACCCCAGGCAUUUUGGGCAAAGGACACAAAAGAACUUAUGUGGAGUCUGCAUUAAACGUAACAUAUGAUGCUUUUAAUAGAGCGCACAAAGAAGGAUUUACCUUGAUGGAUGUGCAACAUGCACCAAUUGCCAAGAGACGAAAAAAGAACAAGACAACAUCAACAGAAAGUAGGUCUACAACAAGCAGUGAUCUAAGCAACAGUGGGGGAACAUCACCCCUGUUAAAUCCAAGAUGACAUUGGUUACCUGAGUGAUAAUUUUUUUUAAUAAUUUGAAUUCAAACUUUUUAUGAAUGGAGGAAAACUGUAGAUAUGGCAUACUGCAAGUGAUGCAAAUAUUGUGGAAGGAUGAAUUGGCCUUACUAUAACUGAUAGUAUAAUUUGUUAAUAAAAAUAUUUUAAGAACAAGAACAAUAUUUAGUUCACUUGGAAAUGUAAUUAUCAAGGUGGAUUCUAAACAAUUUGGCUUUGGUAGGGAGAAUGAAAUUAUAUAAUUUAUUGUGUGAUAUGUCUUAGUGGUACACAAGGUUACAUUUUAACAAUUUUUGUUUAGAAAACACAUUCAAAUAAUUUACAAUACAUAUUGACAAGUAGAAAAUUUUUGGGUAUAGUUAUGAGAUUGCUUGGGGACACAAAUUUCUAAAAUUGUAGUGUAUAUAACAGUAAGUUAUUGUUUUGUGUAAUAGGACAGAAAUUAAUGUAGCAAUGGCAUCCAUUGGAAUCCUCAUUAUAAAAGUUAUUAAUAGUAGCUCUCAAGACUUUGCUGUUUGUCUAUAUUAAAGCCCAUGUCAAGCUUUUUUAUUUUUUUUUUCAAAUAAAUAUUUGGGCACACAGUAAAGCAAAAACUGAUAUAGAGGUAUGAUAGAGGACCUAAAAAUUAUGACUCACCCAACUUUUAGAAACUACGAGCCUCCUCCCGGCUAUCAGAAGUUCUUGCAAUGGAAUUCUUUAAAGAAACUGAAAAAAUGGUAAUUGAAAGUAAUUGACAUUCAUGGAUUCCUAUCUGAGUGUACAGUCAUCAUAAAGAACUUGAUCAUUUCUUUUUUCAACUCAUGCUUCACCCUUAAACUCCCGCGAUCUGAUUGUCAAUUCUCCUAUCUAGCUGCUACAUACUUUCUUGUAAACUUAGUUAUGAGAAGUCAGUGUUAGAUCCACAUAUCAAACCUCUUUAUUACUAUACAUACUUGUAAAUUAGUUACGAGAAUUUGGUGCUAGCUCCAGAGAACAACUUCUGCCCAAGAAGUUUGGGUAUUCUUGUUUCUUGUUUGCUGGACAAUGUUUGGAUAUUUUGAAAACUUACAUUUCAAUGACUUCUUGGUAAAAGUAAAGAAUCCAAUCCCUCACCAACGCUAGGCCAAUGCGUCAGCCAAUGCGUCGGCCUACACACUACUGACACACUACAGAUACUGCCCACUGUUGGCCAAUGUAUCAGCCAAUGGGUUGGUGAGAUCAGAUUCUUUGUUUUACCCUUUUGGGUGUUAGGGUAAAAAAGGGUCAAAAAAGCCCAAGGGGUACAGCAUGAAAUUUUAACUUUUGUGUAUUAAGCUCACUUUCCAACUUGUGAUGCCUGACAUUUUUGUUAGUGAAAAUAUUUCUCUCUUUUGGGGCACCAAGCAGCCAGGAUCUUAGAUUUGUUUGUUAGUUUUUCUAAUCACCCAAAGUGUUUUUUUGUUAUUUGGUAAGAAAUUUGAAUUCAAGAAAGUUUGGCCUUUUUACUUCAUUCAUGCUAAAAAAGAAGGGUCUGAUUUUACUUCAUUGUCCAUAAAAUAAAUGCUUGCACCUAGUAUUAAAUGCAAUGUGUACACUGUACUGUAAUUAAACAAGGGCAAAAGUUGAGAUUUCUGUCGUUUUGAACACUAUGUAACAUAGACUAUUUUUACAAACUACAUAAAAAAUCUUUUUUUUUUUU